AAAAAAUGAAAACGCACAAAUUAUUGGGUAGACAAAAAAAGAUGCUUGAGAGAUGCUCAAGUAUUCUUCUUCUUUUUUUCUUUUUUUUUCCGUAUAAAAUUCAACAAGUUGUUUGAGAAUGAAUCUAUAAAACCGUGAUUUUAAAUUGAUUUUGCUUUAGUCUAUCUGUGUCUUUGUGUGCCUUGAAAUCGAAUGAUAACAAGAUUUCAUUUUUAUAAUUAUAUCAGCAGUUGAGUAGAAAAUUAGUGAAUUCGAUCGUGCUAAUUGUUUAAGAUUCAAUUCAUUGUGGAUUUAUCCGAAGUGCAUGAGCGAAAACAAAACUCUUUUUCUGAGCAAUAAUGAUGAACAGUGAAGUUCAUGGCUUAAGGAAGCCAAGCUGGUGGAAGCAGCGAACCACUCUGGAAAAAAUACUGAUCACCAUCACUAUUUUGGCACUGAUCGCUAUGGCUGCACUAGCUCUAACUCUGAUGACAUUCAUUUUAAGAGAUAAGCUAAAGGCAGAUACUCAAGAGAAACUACCCAAAAUUAAAGCAGAAGCUCUAGAGGGAUCACCUGGUGCUCAUAUACAUGAUGAUGCACCGUCCAAAACGUGUACAACAGCAGGUUGUGCUCGUGCGGCUGUCUAUGCUAUGGAUUCGAUGGAUUCGUCCAUUAAACCUUGUGACGAUUUCUUCCAAUUUGCUUGUGGAAAUUUCAUCAAAAACACCGAACUACCGGAAGAUAAAUAUGCGAUCUAUCCAUUGUCGCUGAUAACUGAUAAAUUGCAGGAACAAAUCACCAAAUUGAUAAAGGAAGAACCGGAACCGAAUGAAGCGAAACCAUUCCGAUUGGCUAAGGACUUGUACAAGGCCUGCAACAAUUUGAGUUUGAUCGAAGAGUUGGGAACGAAACCGUAUCUGCAAAUUGUCGAACGGUUAGGCGGUUGGCCGGUUGUUGUCGGUGCCGAUUGGGACAAAGACUCGACAUGGUCGUGGGUGGAGACCAUAAAAAACUUUUCGGAUAUUGGCUACGAAACCAAUCAAAUUAUCGAUUUGGUCAUUUCGAUUGACUUGAAAAAUUCAACCAGACGAAUUGUCGAUAUCGAUCAAUCGUCAUUCGGCUUAAAUCGUGAGUUUUUGAUUAAAGGCGUGGAAGACAAAAUCGUUAAGGCAUACUACGAUUAUAUGAUCGAUACAGCUGUUAUUUACGGUGCCGAUCGGAAAGUAGCUGAAGAAGAACUCCUCGAAGCUUUGGAAUUUGAAAUUGCACUUGCUAACAUAUCUUUGCCGCAAGAGGAGCGCCGUAACGCAACUUUAUUGUACAAUCCCACGAAACUCAGCGACGUUCAAAAAGACUACCCCUACAUCAAUUGGGUCGACUAUUGCAAUGCAUUACUACCGGAAGGAAUAAGCGUGGAUGACAAUGAAAUCAUAACCGUAACAGUUCCUUCAUUUUUCGCAAAGCUUGCAACAUUAUUGGAGGAAACACCGAAACGUACUAUCGCCAAUUUUCUGAUAUGGAGAGUCACCGUGUACUCGACGUUUUUCAUGAGCUCUGAGCUGCGUAAGCGAAAUUUAGCAUAUUUCACGGCAAUUAGUGGUAAAACGGAAGACGAGGCGCGUUGGAAAGAGUGCGUGGACUUAGCGAAUUCCGGUUUGGGAAUAUCCAUCGGUGCUUUGUAUGUGAAGAAACAUUUCGAGGAGUCGUCGAAAGCAGCCGCUCUGGAGAUUGUUGACAACAUUCGCGAUGAAUUUGAGAAAAUUUUGCAAACUGUCGAUUGGAUGGACCUUGAGACAAGAAAGGCAGCAAUGGAGAAAUUGGAAAAAAUGGCCACCUACAUUGGCUAUCCGGACGAAAUCAAAAAUGUCACAUUGCUGGAGGAGUACUACGACGGACUGGAAAUCGAUCCGGAGAACUAUCUUGAAUCGUACUUGAAAUUGAACGUUUUCGCGACCAAGAAAAGCUUCGAGAAACUACGGAAACCGGUCAACAAAACCGAAUGGGAACGACAUGCGCAACCGGCUCAGGCAAAUGCCUUUUAUUCUUCUAUCGAAAACAGUAUUCAAUUUCCAGCUGGCAUCUUGCAGGGACAAUUCUUUUCGGCAGAUCGUCCCAAAUAUAUGAAUUAUGCAGCAAUUGGAUUUGUGAUCGGUCAUGAAAUCACCCACGGUUUUGAUGACAGAGGUCGCCAAUUCGAUGCAGAUGGUAACUUGGUGGAAUGGUGGAACGAGGAGACCAUUGCAAAGUUUGAACAGAAAGCCAAAUGUAUGAUCGAACAGUACGGAAAUUACACAGACGAACAGACGAUGCUGAGCCUUAAAGGUGUCAAUAGUCAAGGCGAAAACAUUGCCGACAAUGGCGGUAUAAUCCAAGCAUAUCUCGCCUACCACAAAUGGGUGUCAGAGAACGGAGAAGAGCCAAUCCUUCCAGGACUGGACUACAAUCCCAACCAAUUGUUUUGGCUGUCGGCAGUGCAAUCUUGGUGUUCCGUUUAUCGACCGGAAAUUUUGAAGAUUCUCAUUACCACAAACGAUCAUCCACCGUCCCAGUUCCGAAUGCGUGGAAUUUUGAGUAAUAUGCCUGAAUUUUCAAAGGACUUUAACUGUCCGGAAGGUUCACCAAUGAAUCCGACCAACAAGUGUAAGGUUUGGUAGACGAAAUGUUUGAAUAAAGACGACGGUCUGCUGGUUGAAGCAGCAU